CAGAAUUACCAUGAGAUUAUGACUCAUCAUCCCGAGAAUUAUCAGUGGGAAAACUGGAGUCUAGAAAACGUUGCCACCAUUCUAGCCCAGCGGUUUCCCGAUAGUUAUAUCUGGGUGAUAAAGUGCUCUCGAAUGCACUUGCACAAGUUCAGCUGCUACGACAACUUUGUAAAAAGUAACAUGUUUGGUGCCCCAGAACACAAUACUGACUUUGGAGCUUUUAAACACCUUUACACCUUAUUAGUUAAUGCUUUUAACUUAAGUCAGAAUGGUGUGCUAUCAAAGAAUGGGAAUGUUUGGAAUAAGGAUUCCAAAGCAUCUGACUGUAAGUCCAGUUCUCCUUCUGCUAGUAAUGGUUGCCAGGGAGAAAAAGAAAGGACCUGUGAAAAACUUGAUGAGUCUGCCGUGAGUUUUUAUCCACCAUCACUAAAUGGGGCAUCUUUUACUUUGAUUGGAUUCAGUAAAGGAUGUGUUGUUUUGAAUCAGUUGCUUUUUGAAUUGAAGGAAGCCAAAAAAGACAAGAACAUAGAUGCUUUCAUCAAGAGCAUAAGAAGAAUGUAUUGGCUGGAUGGCGGUCAUUCCGGAGGAAGCAAUACGUGGGUUACCUAUCCAGAAGUCUUGAAAGAGUUUGCACAAACAGGGAUUAUUGUCCACACUCACGUAACACCUUACCAAGUACGUGACCCAAUGAGAUCUUGGAUUGGAAAGGAGCACAAGAAAUUUGUCCAGAUACUUGGAGAUUUUGGUGCGCAGGUGACAAGCCAGAUUCAUUUUGCAAAGGAAGCUCCUUCCAUAGAGAAUCACUUCAGGGUUCAUGAAGUAUUUUGAGACUACAAGAAUAUUGAUAUACCUGUUCAGAGAAGGAGCAGAGAACUCUGAGUGUUACAAGUUCAGCUAAUGGGGUGUAUGAUGAAUUCCUAGAUGCAUUGUCAGACUGGGGACUGGGGAAAGCACACAUUCCUAAACUAUGAGUGUAAUGUGCAAUAGUAUCCUUGCUUGUGAAUGUGAGCAGUUUGCAAUUUGGAUUGGGCUAGAAUUAACAGUUAAUUUGAAAUCUAAAAUGGUUUGUGAUAAUUCUGUGAAAUACAAGACUGUUAAAGUUAACAAUAUAGUCCUUUUUAAAGGUAACUAAAACUGUUGGAAAUAGUUGAAAUUUUCUGAGUUAUGUUUAACUGGGGUAAAUUAUAAGAAUAAUUAGCUAUUUUGGCACCCCAAAAGAAUGGAAACACUUCAUUUGUCAAAGUAUAGGUACCCAGAUGUUUUCCAACAUUUUUAAAUAACUGUCCUGCCUUUUGUGUUUGGUAAACUCAAGGAUUUUGUGUGUGUCUGUGUGCACUUGUGUAUAUGCAUGUGUGCAUGCACGCGUGUAUGGGUGUGUACACGUGUGUGUAUUUAGUACUGGAGAUUGAGCCCGGGGCCUUACUCAUGCCAGGCAAACAGCACUCUGCCACCAAGCUGUACCCCAGCCCUGUUUCAUUCUUACAGUGCUACCAAGUUGUUUGUUGUUUUUGAGAGCCAAAAUAUGUUUUAUUUCCAAAUGCCCAAGAACAUGUAGUAUAAAAUUGGUUUUUAAAACAUUUUACAUUUAAGUAUCAUGGCUUAAGUUUUGAGUUUAUUCAGUUCCUGAAAAUUGGUUAAGUAAAAAUAUAUAUAUUGAAUAAAAAUAUAGGACAGAGCAGAUUUCAGGUUUUCAUUGGAUCAGUCUUUUGAAAGAGAGCAACUCAGGUAAAAUAAAUAUAUAAUGCUUUGUUAGUGCUCUAUUGCAAAGAAGACAGAUUCCAUGGAUCUAAAUCAGUUUUUCCAGAAGCAUGAUUUUGUCUGCCAAAAGAAAAGAGCUCUGUUUGGCCAAAAUGCAAAAUUACAGUGCUAUAAGAAAAGUUAAAAGGGAAAGUUUGAAGACACAAAUGAUUUAAUUUUGGCUCAGAAAUCGAAUAUGCUUAACACUGCUACAUGAUUCGGUGAAGUUUCCUUCUGCCUGGUUUUCUUGACCUAGAUAAAUACAUCUUAAAAACCCAGUUUCAGCCAAUCCUGAAAUAUAGCUGUGUGAUCAAAGGGGUCUCUUUUUUUAUACUUUAUUAAUAAUUAGCUUUCACAGGUCAUAAAAUAAGCAGGGAAAUAACAUGCUGCUUUAGGACUGAAAAAAUAAGACACUAAAGACGCAUUAGUCUGAGUGACCCAGAGGAGCUAAACUUCGUUAAACAUAAAAUAAAAAUGUUAAUUUCUUGGUUCUUUUAACUUAAUGACUAUAAAUGCAUUCCAAGUGUAGUGUUCAGAAACAUGAGAUUCUUAACCAGAUGCUUAAAAGUUAGCACUUAAUUCUGUAAACUACAGAAAAGUACCCAAGUUCGUCUAAGACAAAGUAGUUUCAUAUUGCUCCAUUUUCUUUAAAUACCUGCUCGCUCUUUUGAGACCAAAGACUCCCCCACGUAUAAAUAAUCUAUGUGAUUCGAACAUGUUACGAAGAACUUCGCUUUAAGCGUGGUGAUUGGGUGGUUUGCUGCGGUUUGUUUCAUCCUUGGGUAAACUGACCUGUGGGAGCCGAGGAUGUGGCUUCACGGCAGAGCGCCUGCCUAGACUCCGUGACACUGCCCCCGAAAAGAAACUGAAGUGUAUCUAGGGAAAGGGGUUUAUCUUCACAGGGUAAACUGAAAUGAACAGUUAGGACUUUUAACAGAAGAGUCGUUUUUUAAAAUCUGAGAUACUUAAAAACCUGAGUUCUUCAGCCAUCCAGUCCUGUAAAUGCUUUACUGUAACUGUCAUAUCUUGAAUGGAUAUUAGUAGUCCUAGACCUGCCAUCACAUCAAAGUGAGACUGCUUAGAAGGAAGAAUAUCUCCAUAAGGAAAAUACAUGCAAGUUGAUACAUACUCAAGUGGUUUCUGUUUACAGGGAUAGGUCCUUUUUGUUUCUGUUCUAAACCGUGAUUGUGAAUGUCAGUGUAUCCUCUUGGACUGUGCCUUUGUGAUGAGUCAGUUGAAAAAAGUCCUAAGAAUAAUGUGAAAGUUGUUACCGCCACAGCAUGAAUGUAUAAUUGUAUUAAAGUUAAUCUAGAGAA